AGGAGAAGCCUUUGGAGCGGCUACUUAAUGCCGGUCCCGGGGCCGCGGGCACUCAGAGAAGCGCCGUCGGGCGGGGGGGCGACGAGGGGCGCUGGAGGAGCCCUCGAGCUGGAGGCAGAGAGCCGCGGGGGGUGGGUGGGAGGAACUUCUUCCAGAACCUUCCUCGGGACCGGGCUGCUCUUUGAGCCAGGCACCACAUACGAAUUUGGAGAGGGCGACCCCGGGGUCGCGAGAUGGAAGCGCACGUCCGGGAGGCUGUGUAACUGGAGCUGCGGGAGUCAGCGGACCAGAGAGCGUGGCGGGCCACCCCCGGCUCAGCCGGUGGAUGGUGACCGUCCCCUCGGAGAGUCGCGGCAGACAUGGCGGAGAGCUGGCUGCGCCUCUCGGGAGCAGGCCCGGCAGAGGAGGUCGGGCCGGAGGGCGGCCUGGAGGAGCCCGACGCCCUCGAUGACAGCCUGACCAGCCUACAGUGGCUGCAGGAAUUCUCCAUUCUUAACGCCAAGGCACCUGCCCUGCCCCCGGGGGGCACCGACCCCCACGGCUACCACCAGGUGCCAGGCUCCGCGGCGCCUGGGUCCCCCCUGGCGGCUGACCCUGCCUGCCUGGGGCAGCCGCACACGCCAGGCAAGCCCACUUCGUCGUGCACGUCGCGGAGCGCGCCCCCGGGGCUGCGGGCCCCACCCCCCGACGACGUGGACUACGCCACCAACCCACAUGUGAAGCCUCCCUACUCGUACGCCACGCUCAUCUGCAUGGCCAUGCAGGCAAGCAAGGCCACCAAGAUCACCCUGUCGGCCAUCUACAAGUGGAUCACGGACAACUUCUGCUACUUCCGCCAUGCCGAUCCCACCUGGCAGAAUUCCAUCCGCCACAACCUGUCCCUGAACAAGUGCUUCAUCAAGGUGCCUCGGGAAAAGGACGAGCCAGGCAAGGGGGGCUUCUGGCGCAUUGACCCCCAGUAUGCUGAGCGGCUGCUGAGCGGGGCCUUCAAGAAGCGGGGGCUGCCACCAGUACACAUCCACCCAGCCUUCGCCCGCCAGGCCGCACAGGAGCCAAGUGCUGCCCCCUGGGCCCGGCCACUGACGGUGAACACUGAGGCCCAGCAGCUGCUACGGGAGUUUGAAGAGGCCACUGGGGAGGCAGGCUGGGGCAUGGGUGAGGGCAGGCUGGGGCAUAAGCGCAAACAGCCGCUGCCCAAACGGGUAGCCAAGGUCUCACGACCCCCCAGCACCCUGCUGCUGACCCAGGAGGAGCAGGGCGAGCUGGAGCCCCUCAAAGGCAACUUUGACUGGGAGGCCAUUUUCGAUGCUGGCACGCUGGGCGGGGAGCUGGGCGCCCUGGAGGGCCUGGAGCUGAGUCCGCCACUGAGCCCUGCCUUGCAUGGGGAUGUGGACCUCACCGUCCACGGCCGCCACAUCGACUGCCCCGCUACCUGGGGCCCUCCGGUGGAGCAGGCUGCAGACAGCCUGGACUUCGAUGAGACCUUCCUGGCCACAUCCUUCCUGCAGCACCCCUGGGAUGAGAGUGGCAGUGGCUGCCUUCCCCCAGAGCCCCUCUUUGAGGCCGGGGAUGCCACUCUGGCUGCCGACCUGCAGGACUGGGCCAGUGUGGGCUCCUUCUUGUAAGAGGCCAGGCCCCACCCCACCUCUGGACAGUGCCCGAGUGAGAGCCCAAAACUGCCCCCCCAGCACAGGCCCACGGACACCCACCGCCCAGGCAGGGGCUGGGCCAGGUCUCCCAAGCCUGGUGUCAUGAGACUACAUGGCCACCAGCCCCUGCUGACCUCAGAUUCCAGCCCAGGAGGCUGAGAACUGGGUGCCCAGGACCAGAAUUGCUGCCUUCCCAUCCAGCUCCCUGUACACCAGUGUUUCAUUGAUCCAUGUCUCCCCUGCCCCCAGGAACAGGUGAAAGGGCCCUGCACCUUGAAAGCUGAGGCCCGGGGUGGGGGUGGGGGUGGGCUGGCCAGGCUGAGGAGGAACAGAAAGGGCCCUCCCCAGAGUGCCCAGACUCCCUCUUGCUUCUCCAGGUCUCUAUCCAGAGAAAGUUCCCAGGUACAACAAAUGCUAAUUAGGUGACAGCAAAUUAACCCCCUGGAGGCCUCUCCUGGCAAAGCCUCCCUGGAGCCUGGGGGGCAGAGGCUGGACUGGGAGAGUGGGGCAGAGCAAGGAGACAGAAAUGAGGGGAGCACAGGAUGGGGCAUGGAAAUCUUCCCUCAGACCUCAGGGUCUCGGCCAGGCCCCAUCCCCAGGGUAGCUGUAAAUGGCAAAUCUUUGAGCCCAACAUGAGACUGGGAUCAGCAGGAAGUUGAGGUUCUGAGGGCUGGGGCAGGGAUCCUAGGGGGUGGGGGGUGGGAACAGCCAGACUAACUUAGUGUGUGUAGCUGUAGCUGAGGCUUAACUGGGAGGGGCACCGAGCUUGCUGGAACCACUGGGACCAAGAAGAGGGGAGCCCUGUGCCCUUGCCUGUUCUUGUGGCAGGCAGACAGGCAGGUGUACCUUGCUCCACCCUGACCCCCUGGGCUGCAGCCCACAUCUACCCUCCUGCCCUAUGGGGCAAUUUAACCUUUUUCAUGGAAAGUUAUUUACAAUAAGAAAUUUUUAAAAAUAAAAUUUUUAAAAAUCU